AUGUCGUUGUUUCUCCCCACCGAUAAAGGAACAAGACAGAUCGGCAUGAUGAGCGGGGAGAUUGAUGCGCUCUAUAUUUUCGAUGAGCAUAACAGUCCUCUUGUAGAGCAGGUCUAUCGCUCCCGGCCGCCCUCCGCAGCUACUAUCCUACCCCUCUACCUCGCGCAUCCAGCUCCGCGGCCGUCGCUCCUUUAUAUUCCUAAUGUGACGCCGCCCGUAACUGUUUUCUCAAUUGUUCAGUCAAACUUACUCUUUCUGGCGCUUUCCGAAGUCGAUACGGAGCCACUCGUUGCACUAGAGUUCCUACAUCGCGUAGUGGAUGUACUUGAGGAAUUCGUCGGAGCACCAUUGAUUUCACACAAGAUACAGGCAAACUAUGAAGUGGUUGCACAGUUACUCAAUGAAAUGUGCGAUGCAGGUGUUGUAUGCAAUACAGAGCUAAAUGCGCUACAGGAGGCUGUGGAAAUGCCGGGGUGGAUGGGGAAGUUGUUGGGUAAUGUCGGGCUGUCUGGAUCCUCUACGCCUAUCUUGGGACCUCCGAAUACGCUCAAGCGGUCAAUCUCAGCCAAUGCGGCGACUCAAGGACCUGCGAUACCAUGGAGAAGAUCUGGAGUGCGGCACACUUCUAACGAGCUAUAUGUUGACAUUAUCGAAUCGCUGUCGGUCACGAUGGCGCCUUCAGGACGAUUACUCUCUGCCUUGGUGUCCGGCACCAUUGCCUUCACGGCCAAAAUCUCCGGUGUUCCUGAAUUACAGCUUUCCUUGACAGCUCCUGGUGGUCAACAAGCCAUUGCGCGAAAGCUCGAGUUACCCGUUUUUCAUCCAUGUGUACGACUGGCAAAAUGGCGAGAGCGGCCAGGAGAAUUGAGCUUUGUGCCCCCGGACGGACGGUUUAUUCUCGCAGGGUAUGAGGUCGACCUUCUACCCAUUGAUCCCAGCCUCGAUCAACCGCCAAGUCACAUGGAGAAGCUCUUUCUGCCCGCCAUUGUAGACAUUCGUAAAUCGCUGGGUCCGACCGGCUCCGAUUUCGAAGUCCGCCUGAUUCUCAACACAAACUUCCCGGGUUAUUCAUCCUCAAACCGGCCCGGAGGACGAAAUGGCUCCGGUACGUCGACGCCGUCGUUUCUUGGAGGAGGCGGGAACUCCUCGGGCCCUGUCUUAGAAGAUGUUUUGGUUACGAUACCUAUUCCAAAAUCAGUCCGCAAUAUCACAGAUAUGCAAGCCAGCCGCGGUGAUGCGCUCUUCUCCCCUGGUAACAAUGUCCUUGAAUGGCGAGUCCCGACCAAAGACGCUGGAACCGUCUCGGGCACCGCAACCCUCCGUUGCACCGUGGCCGGACAUUCAACCGGCGACGAUGAUUUCGAUGAAGAAGCCGAAGAAGUCGAUCCGGAAGCAAACCUCCUCCAAGCUACUACGACGCCGAACCCUCAACAUCCUACCAAGCCCCCGAAGAAGAGACAACGAAGCGGAAGACAAAGAAAAAGAAGAAGAAGAAGGUCAAGAAGUCCUCUCGCGCCGCCCCCGCCAUACCAGAUGCAGACCAACCGGAGAUAG